AUGGAGAACAUCUGCAAAAUACCUGGGAGUUCUAGUGAAGACCAAGCUCAGUCACCUAAAAGAAAAAAUUCAGAUGGAUUCAGUCAUAAUUCUCAAAGACAAAACAAUCCCAGUCGUGAAAGUACCGCAGAGAAGAUCAAGCAGCUAAAAUCUUUCUGGGAGCAGGAGACAAGCAAGCCUUCGUAUGAUGGCGGCAAACCCAAAGCGGUGCGGCGUACAAAGCUGAAUAAAAAGUUCAGUAAAUCAGAAUUUGACCUGCGGAACUUUGUCAACAACUCAGGCAGUGAAGGAGAAGAAGGAAACUGUUUGACUGGCCUGCCUCUGAAUCAGAGAUUAGAUAAAAUGUCACCCACACUUGGCGGGAGCAGAGCACAAUUUAACAGUCUGCUGGAGUUCUGGGAUGAAGCCACCACAGACUCCAAGCUCAAAAGCCCCAAAAGACAAGUCAAUACGCCACAACCACCUCUAGAGUUACGUAAUUCUGAGGCUGACUCACAGUUGUCUCCGGUUGAAAUGUCUCAUGAUAGAGAGAUUGUGUCUGCAUUCAAAACAGAAAACAAAACCGAAAACAACCUGCCAGAGUUGGACCCAAAAGAACCCCAAAAGAUCUUGAAAGACACAGACCGAGGCACGAGAUUACCACCAACUCCCCCUAAGGCAGUUCGUUGUCUCAGGAGAAAAAAGGAUAGCUUCAGCCAUUCCAGCAGUCGCGGCAAGUCUUUGCGUCGUGCUACCAGUAUGUUUGCUCUUGUUGAUCCAGAAGAACCAAGUCUUAAAAUCCAUGUCAGCCCUGUCCACUCCCAAAGCAGGAAGCAAAGUCUCGAUCGCUCUCAGAACAUCGGGCGAGCAUCGGAAGGGACCGAAACCCCCCUUGCGAGGGCAUUCGUGCCCCGAGACUACAGCCACUACUUGGGGAUGAGUAAUGAGUUGAACACCCUGGUCCCCGAAGAGGAGGCUUCUGAGGAGCUUAGCAGACCUGUAAGGACCAGCACCCCCACGGAUUCAGAAGACCGAGUCUUUAAGAAGAGCACCACGAUAGGUCUGCGUCACGUGUGGACAAAUUCCAACAGUACAGAUGCUGAUCCUGAGUCAACUGUAGAUAGUACAUCAGAAUCCAGGUCUAACUCAAGGAACACUUUGUUAUCGAACACCAAAAGUGACGAUGACGAGGAGAAUCCUGUGAGGAAAGCACUGCAGCGAGCAGAAGCCCGGCCCAAAGGUCUGGCUAAAAGUAUGGAGGACCUGGGAGGGUCUUCCUCACCAAGACAAGAGAAAGGACAAGAGUUCAAGACCGACCUGCGGCAAACCAGCCCUCUGACGUGUCCUUCUUCGCGCUUAUUUUUGGACCGGGACCACCUGAAGAAGAUGAGCAAGUCUGUCCCCUUAUUCUUGCAGAAGGAGGAUGACAGCCACAUUUACGAGGACAUUUUUCAACAUGGGAUAUACAUGAUGGACUCGUCCUCUAACUUGGCCUCUGUCUCACCUCUGAGCGGGAGCGUUUUGACCAUGUACAGUGGUGACUUCGACAGUGUCGAGGUCCAGGGGAGCAUCCAGUUCUCCAUCAACUAUGUUCAAAAGCUCAGGGAGUUCCACAUCUUCGUAGCCCAAUGCCGAGACUUGGCGGCGGUCGACCCCAAGAAAGGCCGCUCGGACCCCUAUGUCAAAAGCUACCUUCUUCCUGACAAAAUUCGCCUGGGGAAGAAAAAAACAUCAGUGAAGAAGAAGACACUUAAUCCAACUUUUAAUGAGAUUCUCAGGUAUCGCGUGAGCAUAGAACAUCUCAGGACGCAGACGCUGGUCCUGUCAGUGUGGCAUCAUGACACGUUUAGCCGGAACAACUUCUUGGGGGAAGUGGAUGUGGACCUCUCCAGCUGGAACUUUGACCGCACCCGCAUGAACGACCUAGCCCUGAAACCCAGGACAAUAGCAACUGUGGCGCCCUCAAGUGGGCAAGGAAAGAUGAGACUGGCUGUACGUUUCCUGCCUAAGGUCGUCCACAGUGAAGCUAAGGAAGCUCCCACCACUGGAGAGAUUCACAUUUGGGUGAAAGAAUGCAAGAGCCUGCCCUUAAUCAGAGCCACCAUCGACCCUUACGUCAAAUGCUUCGUGCUGCCCGACACCAGCCGCAAGAGUCGUCAGAAGACUCGGGUGCUGAAGAGGACGGCCGAACCUGUGUUUAACCACACCAUGGUGUACGACGGCAUCAGGGAGGUUGACCUCCCCGAAGCCUGCGUGGAGCUCACCGUCUGGGACCAGGACAAGCUAGCCAGCACCCUGCUGGGCGGACUCAGGCUCGGAGCUGGAACGGGGAAAAGUUACGGGUCGGCAGUGGACUGGAUGGACUCCACCCCCGACGAGGUGGCGCUGUGGGAGCGCAUGAUGGCGUCGCCUAACGAAUGGGUGGAGGGCAUCCUGCCCUUGCGCAUGUUGAGCUCCGCCAAAACGGCUUUCAAAUGAGUGCAAGUACAUGAUUUUGUUAUUCCGCUUUCAAAAAUAACAUUUGGAAAUCCACGUGCCAAAAGCCGUGGAGACUUCUUGAUGUCAGGCUAAGAAGUCGUUUUUUUUCAACGGGCCGAAGAUGAACAAAGAGAACAAAUUAAAAAAAAUAAAUUUGGACGUGUUAAAGUCAUUCACUACUGACAGAAAGUUCUAAAAGGCCCAUUAGUACAUUUGAUGAAUGAAAGUGUCAUCGUCGCCUUUCUGUUACUGCAGCUUUCAUCUCGUGCACGCUCAUUAAAACCAGCAACUUUCACAUCAGCAACAUUUAUCUGGCUUUUUUACAAGCGAGGUCGUAGCCAGAGGAUGAUGCGGUUCCGCAUUGCGCAGCGGCCUAAGGGCAAACAUGACAGACAAACGUGGACCUAACGCUCCUCGGCAUAAAAGUUGUAUUCCAAUUUUAGAAUAGUUACAAAGACUUCGGAGGCUUCCUUCUGCAAGAAGUACAUUAACCCAAACUGGAGAACCACAUUUUUGUGUCCUAAAAAAAAGAUGUUAGUUCAAGUAUUAAAAAUACAUCAAUAAAAGCUAUAUGUUAAUUAGAAUAAUUAUGGAAAAGUAAAUGUAAUACAGGCGGCACGGUGACACAACUGGUUAGGGCGUUGGCCUCAGUGUUCUGAGGAUCGGGGUUCAAAUCCCGGCUCCGCCUGUUUGGAGUUUGCAUGUUCUCCCCGUAACCUGUGUGGGUUUUCUCCGGGUACUCCAGUUUUCCUCCCUUACCCCCAAAACAUGCCCGUGGCCUUAGCGGCCAAAAGUAGUUUGGAAAAGGGAUGGAUGGAAACGCAACUGUAUAUUACUUUUUAAAUACACAAAAGUUAUACUUUACAUAACAUUGUUUUAGAGUUAUACUCUAUAAUCAAUCAUGUAGAAAAACUAAAAGCUAGGCAUUAGGUAAAAAAAAACAAAAAACAAAAGUUGUGCCUUAGAUUAACUUGGAAAAAAAUGUAACGUUAC